AGACACAAAACAGAGGCAGACUUAUGCAUUCAAGAUCACUCUUCCAGUCUGCGCUCUUAAAUAUUUCACAGCCAACAGAUAAAGUUUAAUAAACAACUGUCACUGCUGCAUAAAUCUACUGGACAAUGUACGAUCUCGACUCUCCACUUUUCAAACCCACGCUGAUGCAUGCUCUAAUAGGUCUCUUCAGUGCCUGUUUAAAGCUCUAAUCAAAGGGAAUUUUCAAUUUAUUUUGCUCUCCAGAGUUAUACGGGAAAUCUUAUUUUAGCAAUUAUUGAGAGUGGAACAACGAAGGGCAUUUCCUGCAGAGCUCAGCAGUGAGCAGCAUGGAGAAGCAACGGUGGAAACAUGAAACUUUCUUAGUGCUGUUUCUUGUCCUGGUUCAGAUAUUUGGCUUAGAAGAUGGCAACCGACAGACAGCAGAGAUCUGUUCCACGCAUACCAUUUUACCUGGACCGAAAGGAGAUGAAGGUGAAAAGGGAGACCAAGGAGAAAUGGGAAGAAGUGGGAAACUUGGCCCCACAGGAUCCAAAGGAAACAAAGGAGCAAUUGGUGAUAUUGGUGAGCAAGGAAUGAUAGGUAAAAUUGGACCAAUUGGCAGAAAAGGUGACAAAGGGGUAAAGGGUGUAUCUGGAGUCCCUGGAGGAAAGGGUAAAGCAGGUGCUGUCUGUGACUGUGGGAAAUAUCGCAAAGUUGUCGGACAACUGGACAUCAAUGUGGCUCGACUCAAAAGUUCCAUUACAUUUGUAAAGAAUGUAUUAGCAGGCAUCAGAGAAACAGAAGAAAAAUACUAUUACAUUGUUCAGGAAGAAAAGAACUACAAGGAAGCUCUCACUCACUGCAGGAUUCGAGAAGGAAUCCUAGCCAUGCCGAAGGAUGAAGCUGCUAAUGCGGUGAUUUCUGACUAUGUCUCCCAGAGUGGCCUCUUCCGAGUCUUUAUAGGGGUGAAUGACAUAGAGAAGGAAGGUCAGUUCAUGUAUGCAGACCGUACACCAUUGCAAAGCUACAGCAACUGGAAGGAAGGAGAGCCUCAGGACACCUACGAGAAUGAGGACUGUGUGGAGAUGCUAAGCACUGGAAAAUGGAAUGAUACGGAAUGCCACCUCACUAUGUAUUUUGUCUGUGAAUUCCCAAAGCGGAGGAAGUAGGCAGAAGAAGAUACAUACAAGCACCGUAGAAUGAUUCUUUGACAGCUACAGGAUUUAGGCCUGUCUUUCCCAUCCUGAUGCCCCUAGAACAGUUGGACUUCAAUUUUCAUCAUCCUGACACAGCACAAGCAAGGAAUGAUGAGAGCUGGAGUUCAAGACAUCUGGAGGGCACCACAUUAAGGAUGAAGGUUCUUGGGAAAGAAUUUGGUUCAAAUUUAGGAGCACAGGAACAAAUUACAAUUGGACAUUAAAAUUCUAAAUCCUUCCAAAUUAGUAUUUUAGUACCACAGAGUUAAUAUGGUGUUUUGUUCCUUCGGCUAAGACAGGGUAGGCAACGUGCUACCUGCAAGCACCAAUGUAUCACCAGACACUUCCCUUGGUGUGCACCAGAUCCCAUCUUAAGUGAUAUAUUUUAAAGAUUAUUUUAGUAAAAAAAAAACCCAGAAAGCUGCCAAACUGCAAAAUGAAGCCUAAAUGUCUACCAUCAUAUUUAUUUGCUUCAGAACUGACAAUGGUCAAUAAACUCACUUAUUGGGAUGAUAGGAGGGUAGUUCAUCUUCAGUUAAAUGACUAUUUUGUGAGUGGUCACGCCCACAAUAAUACUGUACCUAUUUUAUGAAGAGAUAAGUCUUCCACAACAGCCAUCUUUUGAAAGAGCCUACCUCGUGCUCUCACAAUUUCAAAUGUGGCCAUAAUCUCUUUCAUCUACUUACUCCUUACAUUAUGCACAUAUGCAUCUGAAGAAAAUGUAGCCUUAUGGCACGCAUGGCAGGGACAAGGGAAAUCAGAGCCACAACAGAACAAAGAAAAUAAAUUUUUCAGCUAGAAAUGUGUGAGUUGAUAACAGAGCAGAGUUCCAUUCCAGAAGAUUUAUGUGUGGAUUUUUAAUUAAUUCUCUGGAUAUAAAUCCGUGGGAAUGGUGGAGAUUUAUUUACUUCUGCAAAUGUACAAGAUGCCCAGGUUCUCAACCCCUUCUUUAUAUUUAUGGCAAAAGGACUUUGUUACAGAGAUUGCAUCUCCUUUGUCAUGCUUCCUGGAAUAACCAUGUGACUGUAUGAUUUGUGGGGUCACAGUCAGUCCAGGAAGUGCUACAAAAGGCAGCCCAGACUACUAUGAUUGGUGAGACUUUCUGCUUUGAUAAAAUAGGAAAAAAAUGGAUGUCCUGAUAUCUUUUCAUAUCUUCAAAAGUGAGAUAGAUUUUCUUCCUGGAAAUUUGAUCCUAGCAAAAUACAUGGCAACAUUCUUUUAUAUCUUUACUUCAAUAUAGCCAAGUCUCAGUUCCUUGCAUAUUUAUAACCCAGUUCUAAGAAAGGUUGUUGGAAGGUAUUGGUCACUUGAAUUUAGUCUCGGUCUAUACAUGCAGAAGAAAAAGAUGGUUAAACAGUUUGCAGAGCUCCAGUUGGUAAACAGGAAAACAUUUGUGAUUGCUCCCCCACUGAUAGAAUCCCCCAAGGGUUUUGGGGGUUGGUUUUGUUUUGGUUUUUUGAGCAAAAUUCAAGGUGGGACCCCCUCAUGAAUAUUUCCUCAUCAGUGAUUAUGGCACAGUAUCAAGUCCAUAACAGGAGAAUACAACCCAGAAGGAGAGAUUCACAAUUAAUCUCAUUAGUUAAUUGAUUGUCAAGAAGGUAAGAUGUUAAUGUACUGAAUCUUGAAAACUGAAUAAGACAGAAUGCUAGCAUUCAUUUAUUAACAAACGCAUUAAAGCAGGGUCUCUGAGAAUAAUUUCCACCUCUUUUUCUCAGGAUGCAAGACCAACGAGGUAACCAUCUUUUUUCCAGAUAAGGCUGAUCCGGAAAUAUCCAUCUGCUUAUUGUUAUAAGUGUUAGUGUUUGGUAUACCUCCUUUUCUUCCCAGCCCUAAAGAUCUCUUUUGAACACAUUUUUCUGUUGCAUCUUAAGACAGGAGGUUAUCCUUGAGGGCACAAGGCAGGCUGUGUAUCACAGAGUUUUCUCCUACCCCACUCCCAACAUCUAUGGCCUGAGGUCCUUGUUUCAAUCUACCUCUUAGUAUGGCCCGCCCUGCCUACUGCAACAAAUCAAAACAGAAAACCAGUGCAGCAGGCAAAAAUCUGGGCUAGUUUUCUGUUAAAGGAAAUGUAUAGUUUUACUAACAUAGUAGAACCCUUCAUACCAGCAAUAGGAGAAGAUGCAAAGAUCCAGCUUUCAAUUUAGAACUGCAGUCCUACUCUGAAGUACUGCUGUGGUGACCAGCUACAAUUGCAACACCACAACCAACAGAAAUACAUAGGGUUUAUUUUACCUAUUGUUCUUUGGGACAUUUUGCUAAGAUCGUUUUCAUUUGUGACCAUGAGGAGCCAGAAGAGUAGAAGAACUUGAAUCACAAGUUCAUUUGAGAGACAACAUUGGCGUCACCACUUUUCUGGGCUGGUCUUCAGUCUCUAGUAUCGUUCAGCCAAAUUUGCAUCCUCUGCAGAGAUGCUGGAAAAGGGAAGUAGUAUUUGUUUAAAAAUAAUUAUAAGAUGUCACCCAAAGGAAGGUAUUAUCCAACUGUAGUUAAUUUUUUCACUGACUAGAGGCAGACAAGGGUAGAAAAUCAAAACAGCAGUUGUUGUAGAGAAAACUAAUUGUAUCUGUCUCUGGAAAUGAGAUGUUGAUGCUAUUGACUCAGCACAUUAAAAUGCCACUUGAUGCUACUUUCACAGCAUCAAUAAAUAUCUAUGAAGGGGCCUGGGACCAAACUAGUCUUCUUCUUUUCUGUACUGAACAUACAAUAGUCUAAACAGAGUUUAUGGAACCCCCAAAUUAAGUAAAAUGGCUAAAAUCACUUGAGAGCAACAACUCUCACAAGUUUUCAAUGUUUUCACAUGAGAUAAUGCAAGAUCUUGGGGAUGAAACUGCCAAAGACUCAUAAGAUUUAGUGCAUAAAAAGGUUGGCCCAUUCCUUGAAAAGGCCAGAAUUGAUGAUGCACUCAUGUUGGGAAUUGUUUUAAGUUGUCCCCUACUUUCUUCUGAGGUUAGAAGUUGUUGGUUAUCUGUCAUGGUUGUAAUCUUACGGAAUGGUCUCAUUAGAACUGAAGUUUGCUUCAUCAGUAAUUAAGAUGCGUUUGUUGAUUAAUGUGCAGCUGCCAUCAAGAUGAUAAUUGAUUUUAGUGACGGCUCUGUUAUUGUUUUUAUUAUUACUAUUACUAUUAUUAUUAUGGCUAUUUAUAUUUUAAAUUUAUUCGUUAUUAUUGUGGAGCUUUUAAUUGUACUUGGAUGUUUUAGCUAUACCAUGGAUAUUUUAAAUUGUGGAUGGACAUUAUUAUUGUUAACUGCCAGAAGUCCUCUGCAGAUUCAGCAGUAUGCAAAUGCAAUAUAUAAAGAAUAACAGGUUGAUACAGUUCUGUUGGAAUUUAGAUGCAUGGUGAAAACGUUUCUAUUAAUUGUGCCAUUACAGUGUACUGAACUGCAUAUGGUCAUGUAUAUAUUUCAUUUUAUUCUGCAUGGUUUCCUACUGCAUUUUUGUGUGCUUUUCUAUUAUUUUACAUGAUGGUAGUUGGACAGUUUUGUUUACUAUUUUUGUAAACUGCUAGAAUAUACAACAAUUUUUCAUAAACAAUUGGGGAGGGGGUUACCGCAGGAGGAAUAACACUGAAACACGAAAGCUCACCAAAGGAUAUUAGUUGCUAACACUGCCAAACAAUGGCACUUUUGCACUCUAUUACAGUAGUACAAAAAGGGUCCAGCAGGAACGGCAAAGGGCACUGGGGCAACUAAUUGCACACUCAUCCCCAAGUGGCAUUUGGCCAUGCCUUUCCAGCGUUGGCUUUCAAGUCUAUUCCAGGUCUCUAUUAUCAUAUUAUGCAAAUUCAUCUUGGUCUAAAACAAGAAUGGGUGACUUAAGACCCAUAAUUCUCCAACCUUAUUUUUGCCAUUCCUACAAUUGCACUGCCAAAAUUUAGUGAAUACAAAGCCAGUUCCUGGUAGCAUGAACGUUGGUUUUAUUUUUCAUGGAAAUAAGAAUGAAAAUGAGUGUGUUAAGCCGUUGCUUAGCUUAAGACACCUGUUUUCUUUUACCCGACACCAGCUUCCCAAAAAGGACCUGAAAAAAGUCCUCCUUCUCCAGGGAUCUCACUAGAGAAUUGGUGAUCUCCCAAGAUUUGGAGUGGCAGCCCACAGUGGAAUCUGGGGCCUGUUCAUUGUAUAUAUGCACGUGCUUGCUCUCUCUACACACACGUGCACUAAUGCACGCUCUCUCAUACACACAUACUCCCACAAACAUACAUAUAUAUUAACCAAACUGUAGCUCACAUCUUCUCCUGCUUUUCCCAUUUACUUCUCAUCAUAAAUCAACAUUAUAUGGCACGCGUAUCAUUUGAGAUUAAAGUACAUAAAUAAAAAUUUGGUUUAAUAUUUUAUCAUUCUUAACAAUGAAAAGAAUCAUUUGUAAAGCAGAAAUCAUUACUGAUUUUUACUUCAUGCUGUAGCACAGUAUGCCAAUACAAAGCCUUCAUUAUCUAUGAAGCUGAGCACCCUAAGGAGAUUGUGCAGUACAUAUUUUUCAUAAAAAAGAUUUGGCCUUCCUCUUUUCUGAAGCAUCUCUGCUUUAAUCUUGCACAAAGAGCAAUCUCCCUGCUUCUCAGAAAUCUUUGGUUCCAAUCAAGCACAAACAUCCUAUUUCUAUCACCAGUAUGAAAGAGCACACUCUGUGUAAUUAUAAACUACAAUUGCAAUAUUAUAAGAACUAUUGCGUUUCAGCAAGCUUUAAGGAGGCAAAAUUAAACAAUUCAUGCAUAUAGAUUCCCCUUCACUAGGUAUAUUCAGGCAGAGGCCUGAUAGCCAUCUGAGGGAGAGGCUUUAAUCUGGAUUCCUACACUACGGAGACUUGAUGACCUAAAUGCCCUAUAAUUCUAAUUCCAUAGGAGAGCAGUACAGCUAGUCCUUGUUUAGGGACUGCCUCGUUUAGAGACCAUUUGCCAUUAUGACGGUGAUGAAAAAGUAACUUUACAACCAAGCCUCGCCGUUAUGACCUUCGCAGGUCAGCAAAGGAAA